CACUGCGACGUUUACGGAAGUGAGCCGUUCAGUUCGACCGUUACAGGUGUUGUGCACUUAUACAGUAGCAACAUAUCGACUGUAUUGAGAACCUGGAAACGAAAGAAAGCUUCUGAAAGUUGUGUUAAAAUGGAAACUUCACUGGAAUCCGACGAAGAUGAAGAGAUGGGUGCAUAUCAGAAGAAAUUAAGAGAGCGAGCCAACCGCAGCAUACAGCAGCUGAGCAACAUGCUGGUGAACCAGAGCUGUGACACUGAAGCCCUGGACCAAUCGAGCGGUCAGCACAGUUCACCAGAGAGCUCGAGACAGCAAACACAGCAGAGCGAAGCAGUCAGUCAGCUCCGUUCAUUGCUUCAGAAACAAGCUAAAGAACUCAGCUCUCCUUCUCCUUCCAAAAGGAAGCCUGUUCCGAAGAAACAGGAAGAUGUUGAUAGUUUACCUGCAGUCCAGGAUCUGGUGCCCAUCAUUCACAACCAGUCCGAGUAUAUCCAACACCUUGAGGCUGAGGUUAAGUUCUGCAAGGAAGAACUACUUGCGGUGAAGCAGCGAGUCAGGGUAGUGGUUGUAGAGAAUGAAAAACUGCAUGAGGAGCUCAAGGCAAAGAUGCUAGAAGACACUCUGAAGGAAUACACUCUGCUGGAUGGCACGGUACAUGCUGAAACUUCAGUAGAUAAAAUUAGCUCAACACCGGCAGCAAAACAAAGACAGGACUUAAUUCAAAAAACAGAUGACAAGAAGUGGGAAAAAGAGCUGGAGCAGUUAAAAUGUUUGUACCAAGCACAGUCUGAGACACUCGAAGCUCAGGUUGUUUCACUGAAGAAGGAAUUGAUGAGUGCUCAGACAGAAUGCGAAGACCUGAAAGAGCGUCUGAGGCACAAGGAAGCGAUGACCGGUGUACCUGGGGCUGGUCAGCGUGUCGGAGGUUUGUGUCUGAAAUGCGCUCAGCAUGAAGCUGUACUGGCAGAAACGCACUCCAACAUUCACAUCCAGGCCAUCGAGCGACUCACCAAAGAGCGAGACGAGCUGAUGACUGCGCUGUGCUCUCUGAGGGCCAGUCAGAGCGAGGCGCAGCAAAGGGAGUGGGCUGCCUAUCAUCAGGUCAAACAAGCUGUAGAGAUGGCAGAGGAGGCGAACUUGGAGAAGACCAAGGCACUAGUACAGUGUGAGCAUGUUCUCGCUGAACUGGCCAGACAGAGGGAAAGACUGGAGAAGGAACUUGCUUUGGAGCAGGAGAAGAUUGCGCAGGCGAGGGAUGCAGUUCGCUCUGAGAGCAUGAGAGAGAAAGAGGAGCUCGCCCAGAUGGUGACCUCCUUGACAUGCAAAGUGGCCGAGCAAGAGGGACUUUUGGAUCGAGGAGACAGAGAGAGGAACUCCCUCAACACUCAGCUAGAGGAGGCCUUUAAGAAGCUCACCGCUCAGGAGACUGACAACAGCCGGGCAUGUGGGGAGCUGCGCUACCAGUUAAGUCAGGCCCAGCUUAAGAGAGAAGAGGCUGAGAGGGAAUUACGGGACUCUCGCUCUAACCUGGGCCGGCAGCUCGAGUUAACACAACAGGAAGUGCAGAAGCUGGUUGCAGAGCUGAGUGGCAGCCAGCAGCGUUUGGAGGAGGCCCAGAGGGCAGAGGGCCGAGCUCGGACGGAGGCAGCCGGCCUGGCAGAGGGGCUGAACCGCGCCCAGCGCCAACUGCACCUCACCAGGAAGGAGAAGGAAGCACUGGAGCGGCGUUGUGUGGAGGACAUGGCAGCUCUGACCUUCCAGGCUCAACAGCGCGAGCAUGAGCUGACACAGACGCUCCAGCAAAUGGAAGCGCAGCACGAGAGGAAUGUUGCAGACAUGGACGUCUUGCUGAGCUUGCAGAAUGGCCUCAUAGGGAAGCUGAAGGAAGAGUGUCGCACGCUUUGUUCAAGAAUGGAAGAGCUGACCCAGUCUAACAGGGCCGAGGUAGAACAGCUUUCUUUAGAGAAGGAGCACCUGCAGGAGAGUGUGGAGAAGCUUCGAGGUCGCUGUCAUGAGAUGGAGGAACAGUGUGUACAGCAUGGGAGAAUGCACCAGCGCAUGAAACACAGAUUGCAGCAGCUGGACCAGCACUGUCAGUCCAGCGCUCAGCAGGUGAUGGAGCUGCUCAGCAGACAGAACCAGCUCGUACAUGAGAGGCAGUUUGUCACUGAAGAGAUGCACAGGCUGCAUGUACAGUUCCCAGCAGAGAGGAGCGAAACAGCAUGAGGCCGGCUAGUUCCUUCUCUCUCGACGAAGUUAAUCCUCUCACACCGACAGAGCACCAGCGCCGCGGCUUUACUCCCAAAUCAUGAGGGAUUUUCUACAAGUAAGAAGUGGGUGAGUGGGUGAGAGUUUGUGCGUGUGAUGGCUGCAGGGGGUCGUGUGACAUCACAGUCCAUACUGCACACACAGCAGCAGUGCUGGCUCUCAGUCGCUAACACUCACACACACACACACACACACACACACCGUCCCUUCCUCCCUCUCUCACAAUCUCUCUCACACACACACACCCUUUAACACACGGAUUUAAUAAAUCAAGUGCACCGCUCAGGAUUUCUUAUCUGACACAAAAUGCUGACUUUUCUAAUAUAAAGACUGAAACGAGACUUAAUUUAUUUGCUGUUUUUACACAUCUGACAUGUUUGGAACUUUUGUUUUGUAAACAAGCUUUGUUAAUAAAUGUUCAACUCUAA